AUGGCAACAAUUUCAAACGAUAAGAGAACCGUCAUCAUAGCUGCAAGGGAGAGAGGUCCUGGUCCAGGAAGAUAUGCUCUCCCAUCGUCUAUAGGGUUCAUGUCCCAUGACUGCACCAAGCAGAUGAAACCUGCUUACUCCUUUGGGCGCAGACUGUAUGAUGAUUUGUACAGAAGUGAUAGCAGCCCAGGACCUGCCUACUUCAUUGAUCCAAGGAUUACACGGCACGGAACUGAUGGUACACCUGCCUACUCCAUGUUGGGACGUCAACAUGAUCCAAACACCUUCAAGACUCCAUCCCCAGGAGCCUACUCCCCAGAAAAGGUACACCCACAGGGUGAGAGACACGCAGCCAGAUAUUCCAUCUCUGCCAGAACUCCGUAUCGACAGAGAGACCAGAACCCCUCUCCCAAUAAAUACUGCCUACCUCCAGUCCUUGGUAAUAAACAGCCAAAUAAGCCAGCACCUCCUGCGUACUUCAUGUCCAGCCGACAAGACAUAGGUAGUUAUCUAGAGGAUUUGGCCAAGGCCCCAGGGCCAGGCCAGUACAAUGGAACCCAUCCAGAUAGCUACAUGGUCAAGGCUCCGCUGUAUUCAAUGAGGAGCAGAAGUUACAUGCCAGGAGACAACACUAAGAAACCAGGUCCUGGACAACACAGCCCUGAGAGAGUCAGCAUCAACAAGCAGGCUCCCCCACAGCACUCUCUCGGUAUCCGCCAUUCAGAGUUCAUUUGUCCUCUGAUCACUGAAUGCUGA